AUGCAACGACUGCCAUUUCCUCGCCUUCGUCCACAUGACCCAGACAAGAACGAAAGGGGCUUAGGAGCAAGAGAGAUACCUCCAUCGGAAGUGGAGAGACAAGGUCGAAUCGUUCAGCUGGUGGCGGCGCCUCCAGGGUAUAAAAAGGCGCUUGGGACUCGCACCUCCAUCAGUCCUGGCGUCCUCUUCGCCGUCUCCGGUUCUCUCCGGGCUGCUUUCAAUCUGGACCUGUCCAAAGAGCCCGAUAUGGACCCACCCGAGGCCCUGCUACCCGUCUUGACCAUGCUCGACUCGGUGGAAAGUCCGAAUAAGUUCGCACUCGCCUCAUUUCCCGAUUCGAGAGUCUCCUCCUUUAUCGUCGUCACGGGUUGGAACGAAUCAUUUAGGAGCCUUCACAUACCUCGGGGAGAAAAGGUGAUCCACAGCUUCAUGAUGGCCACGGACGAAAGUGUGUCGAAACAGGAAAACGUCCUCAUCAUUCAAAUCAUGGAGGAAGAAAUCAUUCGCCUUGCCAAAAGGAAGGGAUAUUCCGCCAUUCUCACCACAAACACCAACGCCCUCACUCAGCAAUUGGCGUCCCUGCUGGGCUACGAAUUGCUCCAGGACUUCCAGGUGAAUCAGUUUGUAAUGCCGGACGGCUCGACACCGUUUUCCCGAGCUCCGGAUGAGCAGAGGGCCAUAUGCGUCUUGAAACACAUCUGA